CGUCACAGGAGCGCCAAAAAAGAACUUGGAAGGAGACUGGAUUUCGGCUGGAGGCGCUAGAUGGCUUCCCGUGAACCUUCGCAGCGUUGGUGGGGAAACUGAGGUCCCCCAACCGCUCCGAUAGAGGAGACUCGGCCUCGCGCGGGGACGUCAGGAGAGCUGUAGCUAAAGAGAGUGGCGGGACUUGGGCAGGGGUUAGCUGAGGGGCUCAGACCUCGGAGUCUCUCUGCCCGCCGGGACGAAGGGAGAGCCGGCCGGGCGCAUCUGCUCCUACGGAGGAGCCGGCCCAGCGGUGAACUAGGAGAGCUUUGGGCCCGCCGUCCUUUACAAAGAAAGAAAGAAGAGCUGAAACAGAUGUGUACCCUGUCCCAUUCCUGUGUUUCCCCAAAACGGUCCACCUUAGAUGCCUAUAAGACAUGAGUGGAGAGUAUAGAGGCAGAGGAUUUGGACGAGGACGAUUUCAAAGCUGGAAAAGAGGAAGAGGUGGUGGGAGCUUCUCAGGAAAAUGGAGAGAAAGAGAACACAGAACUGACCUGAGUAAAGCCACAGGAAAACAUACUUCUGGUAGGAAAGAACAAACUUCACAGUCUUUGCUACUACAAUCAACAUUGGAUCAGUUCAUACCAUAUAGAGGCUGGAAGCUUUAUUUCUCUGAAGUUUACAGUGAUAGCUCUCCUUUUAUUGAGAAGAUUCAAGCGUUUGAAAAGUUUUUCGCAAGACAUAUUGAUUUGUAUGAUAAGGAUGAAAUCGAAAGAAAGGGAAGUAUUUUGGUGGAUUUUAAAGAACUGGCAAAAGACGACGAAAUGGCUAAAUUGAUACCAAAUAUAGCAAAUGAAUUAAGGGAUACACCUGAGAAAACCUUGGCUUGCAUGGGUCUGGCAAUACAUCAGGUAUUAACUAAGGACCUUGAAAGACACGCAGCUGAACUACAAGCUCAAGAAGGAUUGUCUAGAGAUGGGGAAACAAUGGUAAAUGUGCCACAUAUUCACGCAAGGGUUUACAACUAUGAGCCCUUGACACAACUCAAAAAUGUCCGAGCAAAUUACUAUGGCAAAUACAUUGCUUUGAGAGGGACAGUGGUCCGCGUCAGUAAUAUAAAGCCUCUUUGCACCAAGAUGGCUUUUCUUUGUGGUGCAUGUGGAGAAAUUCAGAGUUUGUCUCUUCCAGAUGGGAAAUAUAAUCUUCCCACAAAGUGUCCUGUGCCUGUGUGUCGAGGGAAGUCAUUUACUGCUCUCCGUAGCUCUCCUCUCACAGUUACGAUGGACUGGCAGUCAAUCAAGAUCCAAGAGCUGAUGUCUGACGAUCAGCGAGAAGCAGGUCGGAUUCCACGGACGAUAGAAUGUGAGCUUGUUCAUGAUCUGGUGGAUAGCUGUGUCCCGGGAGACACAGUGACUAUUACUGGAGUUGUCAAAGUCUCAAACGCUGAAGAAGGUUCUCGAAAUAAGAAUGACAAAUGCAUGUUCCUGUUGUACAUUGAAGCAAAUUCUGUUAGCAAUAGCAAAGGACAGAAAACAAAGGCUUCCCAGGAUGGGUGUAAGCACGCAACAAUGAUGGAGUUCUCACUUAAAGACCUUUAUGCCAUCCAAGAGAUUCAAGCUGAAGAACGCCUGUUUAAACUCAUUGUCAACUCGCUUUGUCCUGUCAUUUUUGGCCAUGAACUUGUUAAAGCAGGUUUGGCAUUAGCGCUCUUUGGCGGAAGCCAGAAAUAUGCAGAUGACAAAAACAGAAUUCCAAUUCGAGGAGACCCACAUGUCCUCGUUGUGGGAGACCCAGGCUUGGGAAAGAGUCAGAUGCUACAGGCAGUAUGCAACAUUGCUCCACGUGGCGUGUAUGUUUGUGGUAAUACCACGACCACCUCUGGUCUGACUGUAACUCUUUCAAAAGAUAGCUCCUCUGGAGAUUUUGCUUUGGAAGCUGGUGCCCUGGUACUUGGUGACCAAGGUAUCUGUGGAAUAGACGAGUUUGAUAAGAUGGGGAAUCAACAUCAAGCCUUGUUAGAGGCCAUGGAGCAGCAAAGUAUUAGCCUUGCUAAGGCUGGCGUGGUCUGUAGCCUCCCUGCAAGGACUUCCAUCGUUGCUGCUGCGAAUCCUGUUGGAGGACACUACAACAAAGCCAAGACAGUCUCCGAGAAUUUAAAAAUGGGGAGUGCCCUACUAUCCAGAUUUGAUUUGGUCUUUAUCCUGUUAGACACCCCAAAUGAGGAUCAUGACCAUUUGCUCUCUGAACACGUGAUUGCAAUUAGAGCUGGAAAGCAGAGAACUGUUAGCAGUGCCACAGUAGCUCGUAUGAACAGUCAAGAUCCAAAUACUUCUGUCCUUGAAGUGGUUUCUGAUAAACCAUUAUCAGAAAGACUAAAGGUGGUUCCUGGAGAAACAAUAGAUCCGAUUCCCCACCAGCUGUUGAGAAAGUACGUUGGUUACGCUCGGCAGUAUGUCUAUCCCAGGCUCUCCACAGACGCGGCUCAAAUUCUUCAGAAUUUUUACCUUGAGCUCCGGAAACAGAGCCAGUGGUUUAACAGCUCACCAAUCACUACUAGGCAGCUGGAAUCUUUGAUUCGUCUAACAGAGGCACGAGCAAGGUUGGAAUUGAGAGAGGAAGCAACCAAAGAAGAUGCUGAGGACAUAGUUGAAAUUAUGAAACAUAGAAGCUGUUUGGUAAAGAGGAAACAUCCCAAUCUAGAUGCAGAAGGUCAUCGCUCUGACUCAUUGGAUGCUCUACUUCUGCCCUCACCCCUGCCAGUUCUCAGGCCUGGGAUCUACUGUAAUUGUUUCAAGAGGCCCAAAGUUAUCCAGCGUGUUAAAAUCACUUGUAAGAGGUUUGAGAAGUGGCCAAAGAGGUAUGAAGACCCCAUGAUCUUCCUGAAAUAUAGUUCACAUAAGAUCCGGGUGGCCUACCUUUGCACCCAGGUCCAAUAUGCUGGGCCAUUAUUUUAUCCUCCAAAUGGCUGUUACUUGGAAACAUUCCCACUUUCACACUUACUCUUUCCACCUGAAAUCUGUGAAAUCCUCUGGAAAUAAACAACUGAGAGAAUUACUCCUCUAAUAAACUAGAAGGUGUCUUUUUAACAUCUAGCUUUACUAAAUCUUCUUUGGUAAUGCAGUUUCUUGCUAAUAACUUUUCUUUGUCACAAAUGUAAAAUAGGUGCUUUUAUUAACUAUUGAUAUUGCCAAAGUAUUACCAGUCAUCAGAUUUGGAGAGAGAGAAAUAUCUUCCUUUUAUUACUCUAAACAAUUUUUAGCUUAUAUUUGUUUUUACAGAACAGUCCUGUUUUUCUGACUGAGGCUCUUCAGUGAUCUUUUUGACAGAAAGGAACUAAGGGCUCCAUAUGAAAGAACAUUACACGUCUUGGUGAGACGUCUCAGUUUCAUUGUAUUUCUUCCAAUAGACUCUGUGACAGCAAAGGUAAUAACCAGAGACAUGGUGAUUUCCCUAAAGUAGUUUAACUUAUUUUUGUAUAAAGUAAGAUUCAGGGGGCACAAAAGAAAACCCAAUGAUAAUGAUAAAAGUGAAGCAGUCAAGUAGUAGAAAAAAAUUUUAAAUAAUAUUGUAUGAUAAAUCUGAGGAUAACUUCCAAAGUAUUAAUAUUUCAUAAGACUAUCAAAGUUUGAUCCCAGCUAGAAAAUACAGCUAUAAAAAAGUUCAGCAAGCUCUUCUGAAUGCAGAAACCAUCUUACAUAGUAUGAUAUGGAUAUCAUGUAGCUAAUUCACGCAUGUUAAUUUUUACAGUGCACAGCAGCUACUGUGGAAAGGUGUGGAUCUUCCUUCAGAAGCUCUUAAGGGUAGGAAAUGAACCAAAUAGUUUCCUGAGAUUUCCCCCAGCCCUGUGAUUCUUUGUUAAAUAACAAACUCUGCUAGAAUGCUACCUUAUCUCAUUUCCAGACAUUGGGAGGAGGUGGGAAUGGGGACUGCUAAUGGGUAGGGGGUUUCUUUCUGGGGUGAGGAAAAUGUUCUGAAAUUUGAUAACGGUUAUUCAGUCUGUGAAUAUACUAAAAAUCACUGAAUCAUGCACUUUAAAAGGACAGAUUUUAUGGUGUGUGAAUUAUAGCUCGACAAAAAUUUUUUAAAAAGAAUACUGUCUCCCUUUUAAUAUUUGAUAUUAAUAUUUAUUUGAUAUUGAUAUUUAAUAUUUGAUAUUAAAAUAUAAACCCUUCUUAAAAUAUUCUCUUGCAUAAGAGAGCUGUAAGUAUCUUACCACUAUAGUUAAAUAGAUCUCACAAAUGACGCUGUUUUUAUAGAGUAUAGCACAAUGUAUAGCCUAGCUUUAGCGUUUUAGGCAACUCCUUUCUGAAAAUAUUUUUGACCAGAAAGGACUCUAAAUAUUCAUUUGGUUUUCUUUUAAUUAAAUUGAGAACAUGUAUAGGCAAUUUGUAACAGCGUCAAGAAUUUUAGAAAAUUCUGAAAGUAUGUAGCUUGCAAUAAAACGAAUUACCACUGGCUUUCAUAUUCUCUCUUUACUUUUGGGAUCCAGUAAUUGCUGUCAGUGAAAGCUUCAUAUUCACGAGUGGCAAUACCUCGAUUCUAGUUAGGAAUCUCAAUCUCAGAUAAGAAUAAUAUUCUAUGAGGUCAUUAAACAGCCAAAGAAAACCUCCAGUUUAAUCUGGUGGUGCCAUAUUUACUUCUCAAUGGUCUCAAUACUCUGAGUGACUUGACUUCAACACACACACUCACACACACACAGACACACACACCCAUUUUUUCAAAUCCCCAGAGAUCAUUUCUUCGAGAUCCAGAGUAGUUUGAAAGACUAGUCCCCCAAUCUCCCACACAUGAAGAGACAUUGUCAAAUAUCUACUACCUAAAAUUUCAUCCUCCCAAAUUGACUAAAAUGACUUUUUUUUUUUUACUACUCCAAGAACAUU